GCGUGAGGUCAUAUGUGACGUAUCGUUCCCGGAAACAGACCGGGUCGGAGGGUACGGUGGCUGAGCAGGUAGUCUUCGGUCGGUAGCUCGGUAAAGUCGGCCCGCACCCACCGCUCUCUUUCCUUCUGCGUCUCCCCCGGUGCCGCCGGGCAGCGCGGGCCGGAGCCAGGCGGAGCCAUGUCGCUCCUGCAGUCCGCCCUGGACUUCCUGGCGGGCCCCGGCACCCUGGGGGCCGCCAGCCGCGACCAGAACGACUUCGUGGGGCAGACGGUGGAGAUGGGCGAGAUGAAGCUGCGCAUCAGGCGGGUCAUCGCGGAGGGUGGUUUUGCUUUUGUCUAUGAAGCUCAAGAUCUUGGAAGCGGCAAAGAUUAUGCUUUAAAGCGGUUGUUGUCCAAUGAGGAAGAAAAGAACAAAGCUGUCAUUCAGGAAGUUUGUUUUAUGAAAAAACUUUCAGGUCACCCCAACAUUGUCCAGUUCUGCUCUGCUGCGUCCAUAGGGAAAGAAGAAUCAGACACAGGACAAGGAGAGUUCCUUUUGCUUACAGAAUUGUGUAAAGGACAACUGGUGGAAUUCUUAAAGAAAGUGGAACCCAAAGGACCAAUCUCCUGUGACACAGUUCUGAAGAUCUUUUAUCAGACCUGCCGAGCAGUCCAGCAUAUGCAUAAACAGAAGCCUCCUAUUAUUCACAGAGAUUUAAAGGUAGAGAACUUGCUUAUUAGUAACCAAGGGACAAUUAAACUUUGUGACUUUGGUAGUGCUACUACAGUAGCGUACUAUCCUGACUACAGCUGGUCUGCACAAAAGAGAGCUCUGGUUGAAGAAGAGAUCACCAGGAAUACAACACCAAUGUACAGGACACCAGAGAUGAUAGAUUUAUAUUCAAAUUUUCCAAUCAGUGAAAAGCAGGACAUCUGGGCUUUAGGCUGUAUCCUGUACCUGCUGUGCUUUAGGCAACAUCCUUUUGAAGAUGGAGCUAAACUUCGCAUAGUCAAUGGAAAAUAUGCCAUUCCACAGAAUGACACCCGUUACUCUGUAUUUCAUGAACUCAUCCGCUCCACUUUGAAGGUGAACCCAGAGGAGAGAUUGUCAAUCACUGAACUUGUGAAUCAACUGCAGGAGAUUGCAGCAGCUAGGAAUGUGAAUCCUAAAUCCCCCAUCACAGAGCUCUUGGAACAGAAUGGAGGCUACGGAAACAAUGCUCAGCCUCGAAUAUCUGUGACCUCUGUUUCACAGAGCUCCAAGCCUGCAGGACAGCUCAAUAAUAUAUACAAUGCAGGCCUGACCGUUGCGGAAUGUGACCAGACUUAUGGAGGAUUCUUUGAUAUUCUGAGGGGAGGAACAGAGCGAUUUUUCACUAAUAUUAAGGAUACCUCUUCUAAAGUUAUCCAGUCUGUGGCCAAUUAUGCAAAAGGAGACUUGGAUAUAUCAUACAUCACUUCCAGAAUUGCAGUGAUGCCCUUUCCAGCUGAAGGUGUAGAAUCUGCCAUCAAAAAUAACAUAGAAGAUGUGCGGUUAUGUCUGGACUCCAAACAUCCUGGGCACUAUGCUGUGUAUAAUCUUUCUCCAAGAACGUACAGACCUUCACGAUUCCAUAACAGAGUUUCUGAAUGUGGCUGGCCAGCAAGACGAGCACCAAGUCUGCAGAAUCUUUAUAGUAUAUGCAAGAACAUGCAUUUGUGGCUGAAACAAGACCAGAAAAAUGUUUGCAUCGUGCACUGCUUAGAUGGAAGAGCAGCAUCUGCUGUUGUAGUUUGUUCUUUUCUGUGUUUCUGUCGUCUCUUCACUACUGCUGAGGCUGCAGUUUAUAUGUUCAGUAUGAAACGCUGUCCUCCUGGCAUAUGGCCUUCUCAUAAAAGAUACAUUGAAUACAUGUGUGACAUGAUGGCUGAAGAACCCAUUAUUCCACACAGCAAGCCAAUCCUGGUCAGAUCCAUCAUCAUGACUCCAGUUCCUCUGUUCAGUAAGCAGCGUAAUGGCUGCAGGCCUUUUUGUGAAGUUUAUGUAGGGGAUGAGAGAGUAACCACUACCUCCCAGGAAUAUGACAAAAUGAAGGAGUUUAAAAUUGAAGACGGGAAAGCAGUAAUUCCAUUGGGUAUAACAGUUCAAGGAGAUGUUCUCAUUGUUAUCUAUCAUGCCAGGUCAACACUAGGAGGCCGACUACAAGCCAAGAUGGCUUCUAUGAAGAUGUUUCAGAUUCAGUUCCACACAGGCUUUGUGCCCCGAAAUGCCACCACAGUGAAAUUUGCGAAGUAUGAUCUGGAUGCCUGUGACAUUCAAGAAAAAUAUCCUGAUUUAUUUCAAGUCAAUCUGGAAGUGGAGGUGGAGCCCAGAGAUAGGCCUAGCUGUGAACAGCUGCCGUGGGAUAACAUGAAUAUAAAGGGACUGAAUCCCAAGAUUCUUUUCUCCACUCGAGAGGAACAACAAGAAAUUUUAUCAAAAUUUGGGAAACCAGAGCUACCAAGACAGCCAGGUUCAACUGCGCAAUAUGAAGCAGAAGCAUCCCAGCUGGAACUGUCCUCGGAAAGUGCACCUACUGAGACAGAAUCCCCACACAGCAGUGGUACUGAUGCAAAUAACUUCUUUCAUUCUCUGGAUUGGAAAGAAGGAAGAAGUCCGGAAAGUGGAGUAGAUGAUAACUCGUCUAAAAAUGAUCAUGUUCAACUAUCUGAUGAGAGAGAAGAGAGCGAUCCCUCAGAUGAGGAGUUCCCUACAUUUCCAGCUGAAGAAAGGGCAGUAAUUGUUGAUGAGGGAGACUCUGUUACCCAGGAAGGAGAGAUGCUUUUUGAAGCUGGUUUUGAAACUCCACCCGCGCUAUUACAAAAAUCUCUCACUGAAGAGAAUGUAGAUUUGCUGGGGCUGAACUCUGACACUUCACCAGAACAGAAACAACCUAUCUUGGAAAUAAAUUCAUCAUCAAGUAAUGCUGCCUUGUUGAACAAUCUUUUUGUGAGUGGUGCAUCGCAGGUUUCAGAAGAGCCCACUGGAGAUCUUCUUGGACAAGGAACAGAUUUCUUUUUCAGCAGUCAGUCUCAGCAUCUAGCUGCUACUCAGAAGACUUCAGCAGCAGCUGUGUCUUCAGCUGAUCCUUUUGACCCAUUUACAAUGUCAUCGAGUUCUGAGAAUUCAGCGCUGUCUGGCCCAGACCUUUUUGGGGAUUUACUUAAUCCAAACGCAACAUCUACAGCAAAUACGUUUCCUUCUACACAUAGUUCACUUCCACCUUCGUCCAGUUCAGAUUUCUUAAAUUUAGGAAAUUUGACACCAGAGCCACCUAAAAUAUCAUCUUCUACGAGUCAUCCGGAUCUUUUAGGUGGAUGGGAUUCUUGGGCUGAUUCUUCUACAGCUAGCAGUGUAGCAUCUCCACAGUUGAAGUCUCUUUUUGAAGGUCAAGUUUUUACCACAGGGAGCCAGUCCAGUGUGUCUUCAGGUUUGUCUUUCAGCCAGGCUAAAUCUCAGAACUUUGAUCCUUUUGCUGAUCUUGCCAAUCUUGGAUCUAGUCUUCCAGGUUCCUCCACAGGUGGAUUCUCCACUAGUGGGUUUGCUCAGAAAACUGUUCCAUCUCAGAAGUCAGGAAGUCAGUGGCAGAAACCCACAAAACCACAAAGUACUUCAUGGCAGUCCCAGACUAAAUCUAGCACACAAGCUAAACCUAAUUACACAGUGAACUUCAGUGUUAUUGGAGGACGAGAAGAAAGAGGAGUCAGAACCCCAAGCUUUGGUCAAAAGCCAAAAGUUUCAGCCAAUGACUUUGAGGAUCUCUUAUCUAAUCAAGGGUUUUCAGCAAAAUCUGAUAAAAAGGGACCAAAAACUAUUGCUGAGAUGAGGAAACAAGAAAUGUCUAAGGAUAUGGACCCCUUGAAACUGAAGAUUCUUGAGUGGAUUGAAGGAAAGGAGAGAAAUAUCAGAGCAUUAAUAUCUACUCUUCAUACAGUGCUUUGGGAAGGGGAAAAUAAGUGGAAACCAGUUAGCAUGGCAGAUCUAGUAACUCCUGAACAAGUGAAGAAGUACUACAGGAAAGCAGUGCUUGUAGUUCAUCCAGAUAAGGCGACAGGACAACCUUACGAGCAGUAUGCCAAAAUGAUCUUCAUGGAAUUGAGUGAUGCGUGGUCAGAAUUCGAAAACCAGGGGUUGAAGUCCCUCUUCUAAAGUUCGUCUUUUUUGAACUACUUCCGAAAACUGGAGCUGAGCGUGGUGGUGGCCUGUUCACCUAUGAUUUAUGAAGUGCUUUUCCAUGAUUUCAGCACAGUUUGCAGUACACACUUAAAUGUGAUGAUGUAUUUUGUAAGACGUAAAGUACAAAGCAUUACGUAGAGGUAUUAAGAAAACAGCUGCUCAGUUCUUGAAGAAAUCAUGGUCUGGGGAUAAAGAUUUUCUUUCAGAUUUUAUAUAUUGCAUAAUGGAAUUUUCCCACGGUCUCUGGUACACUCGUAUCAGUUCUAAUUCAUUCCGAUUCUAUUGAUCUUUGCUUUCCUUUUCCCUUCCACACUUUUGUUUAUUUUUUCAGUAGUUUUGUGAUUCAAUUUUGAUGUUUUGUGCCUGGCACCUUAUUUGAAGUGCUUUAGUUAUCAACAGUGAAUUUCUUUGGCUUGUUUCAAAUCUGAAGGUGUAAAUUUUCAUCUGUGUUUUCUGUAAUCAAUCUGAUAAUCAUUCUGUAAAUAUUUUUCUGACAAUACCUGUGUUCUUUACAAUAAAUUAAUAGUUUAGCCAAAAAGACCUCAAUUGUGGGGAAAGUCAACCAGGGUUGUUCUUGUUUUUUUUUAAUUUUUUUUAUUAUUCUUUACAUUAUGAAUCUAGAAACAAAUCUUGGCUUUAAGGUCUGCAUGUUCUUGCUAUUUUGUUAUUUAUUAUGAACCUUUGGAAGGUAUUACUCUUACCAGUGCUCAUUUUACUAAUUCUUCAAAUGAUAUCCUUUUCUUCUGAUUUCAGUGGAACAUGCCUUCCAUUGGACUUAAGAUACUCCGAGAGAAAUGUUCUUUUGAGACUUGAUGUGUAAGCACAAAACAUUUUGCUCUGUUUUGAUUUCUUACGAGAAAGCUACAUUACUUGUUACCAUGUAGAGAGUAUUUAGUGUUUGAACACAUUUUGCUGCAUGUCUGAAUUUCUGUGUUUUGAGAUAUGCAUGACAUCAGUGUAUGUGUAAACAGGGAUAUAUUGGUAGUGUUGUAUUUCUGCUCAUCUCCCUUCCAUGCAGAAGCUAGUACAAGAUGAGCUAGUACAACUUGAGAACAGAACUUGAGAACUUGCCAUGUUUUUCAUCCGUAUUCAGAUAGCAGCUAUUCACUUGAUCUGGGGUAGAUGAAUACAACUGACCAAUGACUGUUAUGCUCUGUACAAUAGCAAAAUGCAAUCCUCAAAUCAAGUUUGAAAAUGUCAAAAAUCAGUAAUGUUGUAUUAAAGCUUGGUAGCAGUCUCUUGAAACAGUGUAGUUUGGCAUUCAGAUGGUGAAAGUAUUUCAAUCUUGAAAUCUUACCUGUUUUUCAUGCUUAACUGAGAGGGAAGCUGUAACAACCAAAGGUAAAAUCAGCUGAGCGGCAUCUGAACAGGAAAAAAAUAUUCUAAUGCCACCUGGAUAGUGUGUUGGAUGCAGUUUUCCACUGCCAAGCCAGUGACAUAGAGACUUGUGAGUACAAGGUACAAGUCAGUCUCUAAGCUCUGACACGUUUAACUACUUACAUGCAGGCUUUCAUCAACAGAGUAUGUGUAUUCGCAUAUAUAUUUCAGCUACUGUGAUUUUUCUUGAAGUUGGAAGUCAGUAACAGCUAUGGAUCAGGAAGGUUAUAUGUUAUUCAGAGUAACAGUUGUUGUUCAGUUGUGGUUUUGAAGCAGUCAGAAAGCAAGAAAUCCAAUGAGACUUAAGAAUUUUUUCCCCUUGGGACUGCUCUAUUGUCUGCAUCAGUGGUCUGCAUCGUUAGAAAACAAAGGCUUGUGGCAGGAUACAUGUUGGAGACCUGCACGUUUUUUUACAGUUCUAAAGUAAACUAUAUAUAGUAAUAAGUUAAAAAACAUAGACAUGUAAUGACUGCACUCCCGUAUACAGCUGAGAGAAAAUCUUUCUAAAGGAGCUGCUUUCUCGUAAGGAAAAAAUAUAAAGUCUGCUUUAAAAGUCCAUAUCACUUUCAACACUUACAAGAAACUAAACUGAGACAUAUUUUUGUGCUCUUCUUGAACUGUAUACAAUUGAAAAAAAAAAACAGAAAACACAGAAGUUUUGGAGGAAAAUAUCUUCCUCUGUGCUUUGCUUGCUUGGUAGUAUUUCUUGUAUAAUUACAUUUCUCUUGUUUUCUUGGUCCACUCUUGCUCAAGAAAGCUUUUGGAAACAUCAGAGAAGAACCUUAGGAUUUCAAGUGAGCAGGGAAAAAUGAGUGUGUUUUAUAUGGAACUGAAAACUUCUGCAAAUUGAUUCCCCCUUUUAAAUACCAUGGAAACUCAUGAAAUUUGGCUCAUGGAAUAAUCCUCAGCCAUUUGUACAGGAGCCCUUAAAUUACAGCUUACUCAGCUCUGGUCUUCAGCAAAGGAGCUGUCUGGUCCAUCUACCCUGAUCCUUUCUGCUUGCUUGAGUUCUGGUGUGAGGAAUCUGGGAGAGGCUCAGAGUUCAGUAAAAUUCUGAAGUUUGCUUAAAAGGAUUUACUGAAAUCUGUCUCUUUCACAUCCUUGUGUUCGACUAAGUUAAAUGACACAGUUAAAAAGUAAAUCAGAAUGUUUAAAUUGUCAAGAUUGAAGUGAUGGACUCAGUAUAGCUGUGUUUUCAGCGUAGAAUAAAGGAGGAAGAAGACUGCUAAAGGAGCUUCAUAGUUGAAGGCUAAACUAAAUUUUCUAAAUUAUGUGAAUGUGGGAAGAGGGAAGUUAAAUUGUAUAUACGCUUACACUGGCUCCCAAUAGUAGUAUUAAAUUAGAAGACAAUUUGGAAGAAGAAAGUCUAAGAAUUCUAUUUGAAUUCAUCUUAAAACAGUAAUAAGAAAAUGAUGAAAGAAAAAGAAAAAGCUCAGACUGUAAUAGGGGCUUUUCCCUUCCUCAUUCUCAUUGUUAAUUGAGAGCUAUAUGGGAUAAGGCUGCAUCCAGUCCAUUACGCAAACAUUCCACUAUAGCUGUGUUCCUAAUGUCUGUGAGCUGGAAAGCUUUUCAGAGUAGGUUGCAGGAAAAUUGAUUUAAGCUAAUAUUUGUAAGUGUGAAUCUUUUCUGGCUGUGAAAAUGCACAGUUUCCAUUCAUGCUUAUUGUUCAUUGCACAGAUCUUGAAAUGUUGAAAUGGGUCUUGAAAGCUAGGCUUUUUGUCUGCUACUGCUGAUUGCAAAGUUUGAGGUAAAUCCUAGUAUUGAGGGUAUGCUGGAGUUAUAACACUUGUAUUGUGAAGCAUUUCUUCAAUUCUUGCAACAGGUCAUGAUGCCUUCUGGCCUAUGUUUAUUGUUACUCCAUAAUGACAAACUGUUGAUACUGUUCCUUCGUUGCAGUCUUCCAAGAUCCAGUUCUUAAAAUUGAGUAGGUUGACAUGGUAAUAUUUAGAGCAAAGAAAAACGUGCAACAGAGAUUAAGGGAAGAGUAGAGAAGGACAUCCGGAUUAUAACUGUACUAUAUCACAAAUGUUGUUUUCUAAUUCUCCCUUUACUGACCUGUCCCUACUUAUCCCUAAUAAAGACAGGUCUAGAGUGGUAGGUCUGUUGUCUGCAGUUCCAACCCUUUUAGAAGUGCUCCUGCCUGGUUAUAGACAAGUGGCAGUAACCAGGUGCUUGGUGUUUUUUGCAGAAGUUUCUAUAAAGUAGGGCCUAUGAAAUGGUAGGGUAGAUUUCCACUAGUUAAUUCUGAAUUAAGUUGCUUAUAUUACAUUGUUGUUAGGUGUGGAGAGUCUGGCAACUUCUCUUACAGAAUAGAAAUCUGCAAAGAAGAGAAUUGGUGUUAAGAGUGCACGUGGCUAGGACCUACCAAAUGGAGAAGACUGAUGUUUGUCCAUGUUGGGGAAAAUCACUUGGUGUCUUUAACGUUGUGCAUGCAUGUCCUGUGCUUCCUAGUGCUGUCAGAUUUCCUUGAACUUAGCAGCAGGGAAGAGAAAUAAAAGCAAGCGGUUAAGCAUUUACAUUCCUAUUAAAUCACAGAGUUGAGCUCUGUGUUGUGAGUGGAUACAGGUUUCCAGGCAUCGAGUCUGGGAGGAGAAGUUCCUCUUCAUUAUUGUCACUUAAGUAAAGUUCAGAUAGUUUGCUAAUUAGUCAUAGCUUCCUUCAGCACUGUUGUAGCCUUUCCAUUCUGUAUAUGUUGAUUAAGAACAUUUCCUUGGAACAGUGGCAAAUUCUUUGGCAUUACACCUGUGAAGGUAAUCAGUAUGCAUGGAAAAAUGCCUUGUUUUACCUCCAUUUUCAAGUUGAUUGUAGAAAGUCCUUCUAAAGCCGUUUGCCAAGCACAGAGUAGCAGCUCCUUUCUGAAUGCAGACCAUCUCAAAGCUGCAUGCAAGGGAUUAACAUUUUGCACGAACCAAAGCAGAAGCUGAGGGUAACUGCCAUCUCAGCUGCCCUUUGGGAUCGCUGGACUGCACGGAGCACUCAGCUCCCCUGGCCAGCCUGCAGUUUCUCAGCAGUGUCAGUACACUUGAGAGGUUAUUGGCCAUUGCUUUCUUUGCUGCUCACAGGAAAAUUUCAGGGGAUACAUAACUGUGGAACUUUGUUGCUCCUUAGCUCUGUCUUUGUCUUAACAGUUGCAAUGAAUGCUUUGUAAAUAGAUUCAGAAUAGUUCUGUACAGUUGCUCGUGCUCUGAAUCUGACGUUUUCUGUCAAGAACUUGCGGGUGGCUGACCUGCAGAAGCUGUGGAAGGAAUGUAUGAUUUCCCAUCACCUGAGUCUGUUUCUGGUGCAGAGCAGCUCUAGCUACCAGCAUGCAGUGACUGAGAGCAGAGGCGGACUCAGCUGAGCUGUGGUUCUCAGCUUGGUGAAUCUCAGUGUUUGCUUGCUCUGUUUGGGUGAGCUCAUUGUUAGCUGCAGUUUAGACUGCAUUGAACUUCAGACAUACACUCCAGAAAUUUACAUUCAGUCAUUUUUAUGAAGGAUACAUUGUGACAUAAAUGCUUUUAUUACCAAAAGAGGAUUAAGAGGCAUUGUGAGAACUCCUGAAACUCUUUAGUGGAAUGUACUGUAUUUUUGCAAUGUAGACUUCUAGAAGCAUUCGUCACCUCUUUGUGAGGACUUAGCUUGCUCCGAGGUCCUUGCUGUAGUUAUGUACUUGUGAUUGUACUUUCUAUACCUGUGAUUUUUUUCAGUUGUGUGGAAGGACAGAACGUAUACUGAAGUCCUAUUUUUUGCCAUCUUUCUGGAAAUGCAAUGUACUGAGUAAUUUUGCUACUAGUAAAAUGGAAAUCUAUAUACCUGUAUGUAUAUAAAGGCAAUAUAAUCAAAUUAAACAUUGUUUAAAAAUAGAUUUAAUGUUUGGCACAAUGUCCUUGAACAGAAUAUUUUGCUUUGAAAUGUAUUAUGACUUAAUCAGUGAUCAAUUAAAACAAAGAGUGACUUGA